AUGCCUUUCAAGUGCGCUUCGACUGAAACCCAACAUAUCGACUACUCACAUUCGUCUCGAAAAUCUCAAGCGAUCAAUGUCCAGUUGAUCUUCGCCUGUACAGUAUUUGCUGCCGCCUCGUUCUUGUUCGGAUUCGACGACAAGAUCAUUUCCCCGGUUGCUGCAUUGCCGGAUUUUGUUGAGAAAUUUCAAGGACCUAACCCAGCCACUGGGAAGUAUGUCCUCACGGCUCGCAAUCAAAAUCUGGUCUUCUCCCUUCCAUUGGCGGGCUCGGUGAUCGGAGGUCUGCUUGGUUCGCCAAUGAAUUUCCACCUUGGUCGCAAAUGGCCUUUGAUCAUUGCGUAUUUCGUAUCUGUGGGUGGCGGAUUACUGCAGGUCUUUGCGCCGAAUUUGGGGGCCUUUGUGGGAGGUCGUUCUAUCAAUGGGGUUGCUUUGGGCAUCGUGGGUGUGACUGCCCCUUUGUAUGUCUCCGAGGUGGUUCCUGCUUCUAUACGCGGAAGAUGUGUCAGUUCAAUGAACAUCUUGAAUUUAACGGCUGGUGUGGUAGGCACCGUGGUGGUCUUCAGAACGGAAAAAAUCGAUGGAAACCUGUCAUACCAGAUCCCAAUAGCUGUGCAGUGUGUCCUGCCUGUCAUUCUUCUCAUCCUGACAGUGCCCCUUCCAGAAAGCCCACAAUGGCUGGCCGGAAAGGGAAAUAUAGAAGACGCUCGGCACAGCCUGCGGAAAUUGCGUGGGUUCAGCGACGCUGAGGUUGAAGAUGAACUCCGUCUCAUGAAGCUAUCUGAAGAAAAUGAGCGCCAGAUCCACAGCCAGAUCAAGUUCUGGCACAUCUUCCAGCGACAGCACCUCAAACGCACCCUGACUGCGGGUUCAUUCUUCUCUCUUAACCAAAUAUCAGGCAUCAUUCUUUCAACAACAUAUGCAACCGUCUUCCUCACAGAGCUAGACAUUGCAGACGCCUUCUCCCUGACAAUAAUCGCUUCCUGUUGCACAUUAGCCGGCACCAUUGUUGCACCUUUCGUCAUCGACCGUGCCGGUCGACGUCCCACGGCAUUUUUCGGGAUGGGAAUUAUGUUCAUAAUCGACGCCGUAGCCGGUGGCUUAGCCUUCGACAGAGGCAACAAAAAAGCUACCAUGGCCAUCGCCGGGUUGUCCUUUGUAUUCAACUUCUUCUGGGCAUCUUCUUUCUCCUCGCUGGCGAACCUCAUGCCCUCCGAAAUGGCAACUCCCAAAUUCCGCCAUCACACCAUGUCCUACACAGUUGCCUGUGCCCAAACAACUGCCGUCAUCACCACUCUCGUCGUUCCACGGCUGACUUCGGCGGAUGCGGCUAACCUUGGUGCGAAGACUUAUCUCAUCUUCGCUGGCUGUAUGGCUGCCAUCAUUAUCUUUUUUUACUUUUCCAUGCCGGAGACACGUGGCCGAACUUUUGCCGAGAUCGAUGAGAUGUAUGCGGCUAAUAUCCCUAUGUGGAAGUGGAGGUCGUAUGAGACUUCAUUUGAGGUGAGGCCCCAUGCGUGA